GGUUGGAGAGGACACAGUGUUUUUGGUGCGACACUCACCACGCAAGGACAGAGAUCGAAAGUGUUUCCAACUAACUUUCAGGGAACUUAAAUUCGAUGAUUUGGUCAUCUUUUUCUAGGUUGUUUGCAAGAGUGGUCGAUGUCAUGUAACUAUAAUGUCGGCCGGGUUAACUGCGUUGAACGACAGCCAGCUAACCGGCUAUAAUGUUCAUGAGUUGCUUUAUCUGUGGUAGCAUUGUCGUGGUCUCAUUUGACAUCAUGUUGAGUUCCACUCCACACGUACGAACAGCUGCAUGGAGUACAAACAGGAGCGAAAGCUGUCGUCAGAUUUUAGAGGCAGCAAAACAUUUGCAGGUGACAGACAAACGGACAUGUUGGCACGGGCAUGCGGGAGGAGGGCUAAGCGCAGAUCCAAAAAAUGUGCUGAAGGAGGUGAAUUCAGCCAAGAUCCUGUCUGCAAUGCUGUCUUAUGUGUGGCCAAAGGACAGACCAGACCUGCGGGCCCGUGUUGCAAUUUCUCUGGGCCUGCUCGCUGGAGCCAAGAUCACCAAUGUGAUGGUGCCCUUCAUGUUUAAGUAUGCAGUGGACGAGCUUAACCAGAUGUCGGGACACAUGCUGAACCUGAAUGACGCGCCAAGCACUGUGGCUACCAUGGCAACGGCUGUGCUGAUUGGCUAUGGCGUGUCACGGGCUUGUGCAGCCUUCUUCAACGAGAUAAGGAAUACUGUGUUCAGCAAGGUGGCCCAGAGCUCCAUCCGACGCAUCGCCAAGAACGUCUUCCUCCACUUGCACAAUCUGGAUCUGGGUUUCCAUCUCAGCCGCCAGACAGGAGCGCUGUCCAAGGCCAUUGACCGCGGCACACGGGGCAUCUCCUUCAUACUCAGUGCGCUUGUCUUCAAUCUCGGACCCACAGUCUUUGAGAUGGGCCUCGUCAGUGCUAUUUUGUAUUACAAGUGUGGUGGACAGUUUGCAGCAGUGACCUUGGGUACCUUAUCAGCAUACACCCUUUUCACCAUUCUCAUCACUCAGUGGAGGACUCGUUUUCGGAUAGAAAUGAACAAAGCUGACAAUGAAGCAGGCAACGCAGCUAUUGACUCCCUUCUUAACUAUGAGACUGUUAAGUAUUUCAACAAUGAGAAGUACGAAGCUGAAAGGUAUGAUCAAUUCUUGAAGAUUUAUGAGUCAUCGUCUUUAAAAACCACUUCCACUCUCGCCAUGCUCAACUUCGGCCAGAGUGCCAUCUUCAGCUUCGGUCUCACUGCCAUUAUGUUGCUGGCCAGCAAGGGCAUUGCAGCAGGUACAAUGACCGUCGGAGACCUGGUGAUGGUGAACGGCCUGCUGUUCCAGCUCUCUCUCCCUCUCAACUUCCUGGGUACAGUGUACAGAGAGACCAGGCAGGCCCUGAUAGACAUGAACACUCUUUUCAUGCUGCUCAGCGUCGAUACCAGGAUCAAGGAGAGGGAUCUCGCCCCGCUAUUAGCUAUUACACCACAGGAGGCCACCAUCCGCUUCGAGGAUGUGUAUUUUGAAUACCUUGAGGGCCAGAAAGUCUUAAAUGGAGUGUCCUUCGACGUGCCUGCUGGGAAGAAGGUGGCCAUAGUCGGUGGCAGCGGGUCAGGGAAGAGCACCAUUGUGCGGCUGCUGUUCCGCUUCUAUGAGCCCCAGCGGGGGAACAUCUAUGUAGCGGGGCAGAAUAUCCGAGAUGUCAGCCUUGACAGCCUGAGGAAGGCUUUGGGCGUCGUACCUCAGGAUGCUGUUCUAUUCCACAACACCAUCUUCUACAACCUGCAGUACGGGAACAUCAACGCUACACCAGAGGAGGUGUACCAAGUGGCACGUCUAGCAGGCAUCCAUGAUGCUAUCCUCAGGAUGCCCCAUGGCUAUGACACCCAGGUUGGGGAACGGGGCCUCAAGCUGUCAGGAGGGGAGAAGCAACGUGUUGCCAUCGCCCGCGCAAUACUAAAGAAUCCACCUGUCCUCCUGUAUGACGAAGCAACAUCCUCCCUCGACUCUAUAACAGAGGAGAACAUCCUGAGUUCGAUGAAGGAGAUGGUGAAGGACAGGACAUCAGUGUUCAUCGCUCACAGGCUUACCACAAUUGUAGACGCAGAUGAGAUUAUAGUGCUCAAUGAAGGUAAAGUGGCAGAGCGUGGCAACCACCACACCCUCCUGAACACCCCAGGCAGCUUGUACGCAGACCUGUGGAACACCCAGAACAGCAGAGUCCUGAACAGCAGCAAGAGCUCGCCCGAGCCCCCACCUGAGCGGCUGUCCCAGAAGGAGGAGGAGAGGAGAAAAUUGCAGGAGGAGAUCCUAAACAGUGUGAAGGGCUGUGGGAACUGCUCCUGUUGAGAGAAGCUGACACCUCCAUGUCUCUUCAUCCCUCACAGAGAGUGGAGGAAGGGGGGGGGGUACAUCCCCACUACCCACUCCAACUCCAGCCAAGCCUCCACCCAUGUGACUGUCCCUCCCCCUCCUCAUGUGAAUAAAGGCCACUGCUCGCCAAAGUGAAGGAGGAGGAGCAGAACAGGGAGCAAGUGUGUUUAGCACUGGCUGGUGUCCAGAGAUAGAGCUUCUGUGCCAGUUGCCUCAGCUGAAGCCAAGCGUAAGAAACCUUGUAUAUCACAUACGUGUGUGUAAGACAUCUGUUAGUCAACAUGGUUGCCCCCCUCCUCCUCAUUUUUGACAUCAGGUUUAUUGACAUCUUCCAUUGCACUGGAAACUGAUGAGAGCACACAUAAUGACUUACAUUUGCCUUGAUGUUGACAGAAAAUUUGUAUUGAUUACAUCUUUAAAUUAUUUUCCAAAUAGAUUGAACCUAUAGUUUGCCUUUUUAUAUUAAGGAUGUGUACAUUAUUCUGCAACUAGGUGAUCAAAUUUAGAAUGCAGAAUUACAAAGAUUGUUCUGCAGUAUUGGGUUCAUUUGAAUAACACUAUUUCAUAAAGCUGAUACUUCAGUGGGAUUCAGUCAUAAUGCACAGUGCCCAUGACAUUGUUCUGAUUUCAAAUUUCUCGACAAAUUAAGACAUAAUAUGGAUGUUUGGUCUCAUGCAUAACAGCUCUCCAGUGAAUCAGCAGUAUGUAAGAGUCACAUUCAUGUAAAUAUAACACCCUCAGAAUGAAAAGAGGUAACUAAUAAAUCAUGAAUGGUUUUCACCACAAAUGGAGCCAUUUUAAAAAGCAACAACUUGAAAGCCUCCUCUGGGAACAUUUCACAGUCAUAUCAUUUAGUGUUGUUUUUGACGGGCCUCUACUAAUGAAAAGUUGUGUUUAGGUUUUCACAAUGCUAAGACAGCCUGUUGGAUUGUAUGAUCAGAAUACAAAGACUUCCUCCUGAAGGUUACAUGUAAAUGUAAAUAUUUAAAAACUGACAGUACAUGCGUGUCCUCAUUUUCUGAGGGCUUUUUGGCUAUGAUAUGCACAUUUUGUUAGGAACCUUGCUAUGAUAUUGUAUCUAUCAAUGAAAAAUUAUUAGUUGGUUGUCUUGUACUAUACACACGAUAUAAAGCCUGGCAUAGUAUUAUUUGGAAUGUGUGAGUACAUUGCAGACGGAUUAAUAAAUGUUGGCUUUUUCUCUAAAUAACAAGGUUUCCAGAUGCUGUUGUUCUGAUCAGAUUUGGGUGAUAUGACCAUAUGUGGUGUAAGACAAUAAAAAAGUUGUUAUACAAUUGA